AUAGUCGUGAUACCAUACCUAAUCACUAAAAUUAAAUAGGGGCCCACUCAAUAGUGUAAGUAGCUCACUGACUUCACAGUUUUGCGCACAUAGGUAUCUAUCUGUCUAUCCACUUCCGUUCAAUUGGUUUCGUAUUUUUGGUCUCACCUAUACCAGCUAUUUAAUUUUUAAACAUUUUCAUCUGUGUUAUGAAUUUCCGUAUUAUAAUUUGUGUUUACGUGUUAACUUAUUGGAAUAAGUGCCUAGGAAUCGUUACAACCUCUUCCGAAUUCGAAAAUGAAAAAACUGAAAAAACAUCUUUUACUCAAAAUUUGGAAGAAGUGUGCUUAAGGGAAAUAAAAUGUCCAAAUGCUAAAGUUGAAGAUUUGGAAGCUGGGGAUCUCAUACGUUUUGUCGAAUGUAUGAAGAGAAAAUAUGAUGAAGUGAAAAGUAAGGCGGAAGAGAUGAAAAGUAUGGCGGAGGAGAACAUCGAAGCAAAAUUUUAUUACCAGUCACUGUUUGAUGUUACUGAGCGUAUCGAACAAUUUUUUGCGGAAUGUUGGCCAAGAUGGGCUGGUGCAAGGUCCAAAGAAAACCAUUCCAAGGAAGCAUGGGAAGUCCUCAUGCUAAACUCAGAAAACCCAGCAAUACUCCGACUGAAAACGGUAUUACACCAAAAUGAAGUAUCCGACGAGAAGUUUAUCCAUAGUGUAAUGUUAUUUGAAGCCGGAAGAAACAAGGAGGCCCAUGCUGUUUUACUUGACCCCAAAAGAGAGGAGGCGUACAAGCAUCUGAAGAAACGCUUAGCUUCAACCAAUCAAACGGAAUCGCUCAUUGCUUUAGACGCUCUUAUUCAAGCGGUUGACUUUAUGUCACAAUUUUCAAAAACUCUACCAAUACAAUCAUCGGUUUUGGAAACAAUCGAAAAGGACGUAGAAGAAAAAAGAGUUUCUUAUCGAGUGUUGAACAUCAAAAACUUUCCACUAUUUGUCAGACCAAAAAUAAUGCGAGUGAAUAUUCAGGGCCUAAUCAGAGACUGUCCAAAACAACCGGGCGAACAAAUAAAAUUCCCAAUUAUGAUUUUCUUUUCACCGACGGAUAUACUUUUGGUAUUUCGUUCCUUCAAGGAAGCUUAUUCCAUUCGUGAAAUGUUUAUGAAGCGAUUCAAGAUGCAAGAUGCAGAUUUGAUUAUAAUGAAUAUUUUCAAAGAACCGAGACUCCGAGCGUUUAGCUACAUUCGCGUUAUUCCAACAAACCAGGGGGCUACUGCUCAUUUGGCAGUAGGACUAUUGAACAGCGCGGUUCGCUUUAAAGUGAAAAACAACAAUGCUGUGAUAUAUUGUUACUUGGCAAGGUGUUUCGAUACAAUUACGUUGGAUUACGAUUUUUUGAUGAGAAACUUGACUGGCUAUCAUAUUGACUUGCUCACGGAAGUAAAAGGUUUGAAUAACGCUGAUUAUGUAGACAUUAACGAUCUUCAGAGCAUAGAAUAUUCAACGUGAAUACUUUGAAUUUUAUAGAAAAUUUUUUUAAACAUGGUUUCUGUGUGAAAAUUUUGUAAAAAUUAGAUGUUGGUAAUAAAUACAUAAUACGUAUUCUUUUAAAGACAA